AUGGGGCUGAACAACAACAUCCAUGCCAUACUCGAACGAAUAAUUCCCUUGCGUGGAAGGAGGCCAGCCUUUCUCGAAUUCCGCUCGUCCAAGGUCUUCAUCGUAUUCGCUGUCUGCUGGUCUGUCUUCACUGAUGUAUUCCUCUACGGAGUCGUCGUGCCCGUCAUUCCCUUCGCCCUCCAACAACGGGUUCACGUGGCCCACGCAGAUACGCAGCGUUGGGUUUCCGUCCUGCUCUCCGUAUAUGCCGCUGCGUUGCUAUUCUUCGCCCCCAUUUGUGGCAUCAUGGCCGACCGGACGAGCUCUCGCCGUGGACCGUUCCUCGCGGGACUCGUCCUCCUCACUGGAUCAACUUUGAUGCUGUGCGUGGGCAAGACCAUCCCCGUGCUGGUAGUGGGAAGGUUGCUGCAAGGUGUGUCGGCGGCGGUGGUGUGGGUGGUCGCCUUGGCUCUCAUGGCAGAUACGGUGAGUGAGCAGGAAUCCGGUCAGGCGAUUGGCUAUGUCAGCCUUGCGACCUCGUUGGGCGUCUUGGUGGCUCCGCUGAUUGGUGGUGUGGUAUACGAGCGGUCGGGAUACUACGCUGUGUUCGGAGUCACCUUUGCCGUGAUCGGAUUCGACAUCCUUUUGCGGCUGGCCUUGAUUGAGAAGAAAAUCGCUGCGAGGUGGCUCGACUCAGACACUGCCACAGAUCAGCCUACCUCAAUUGCUCCCGCUCAGCAGCAGGACAUUGAACUGGCGGAUCGAAAAGAAUCGACCGCUAUCGUUGAGAAAAGUGCGAAUACGGCGGUCGCCGAGCCUUGCAACACGCGCCCUGCCCGAAAACUACCAUCCAUGCUGAUUCUGCUCAAGUCGCGACGUAUUCAGGUUGCAUUUUGGGGGAAUCUUGUCGGGGCCAUGACCUUUACCGCCAUCGACACCACUCUUCCGUUGUAUGUAAACCAAGUUUUCGGCUGGAAUUCUCUUGGGGCCGGAUUGGCUUUCCUGGCUUUGAUUGUGCCGGGCUUUGCAGGUCCAUGGAUAGGACAUUUGACAGACAAAUACGGCCCACGCUGGAUUGCAGCGUCCGGGUUGGUGCUGUCGGUGCCUUUCUGGGUGCUGCUGCGGCUGGUUGACCAUGACACAGUCGGCCAAGCAGUUUUGCUCUGUGCGCUGCUGGUGCUUCUAGGAAUAGCAACCGCGCUUCUCCUAACGUCAUUGAUGGCGGAAUUCAGUAAAGUGUGCGACGCAAAGGUGCGACAGGAGCCGGAUGUCUUUGCAGGGAAGUCUGCUUAUGCCCGGAGUUAUGGCAUCUUCAAUGUGUCAUGGGCCGGCGGUAGUCUGCUCGGACCAUUGGUAUCUGCCGCGGUCAAAAGCGCUGCAGGCUGGAAGACAAUGACGUGGACAAUGGGACUUUGGUGCGCCGUAGGGAUUCUGCCUACCAUUCUGUAUUCGGGAGGUAUGAUCACAAAGGGGAAGAGACAGACGAAUAGUGGCGGAGUGGUUGGGGAUGAACGUGCCUGA